AGAGACCGGUCCCUGGAGCCCCGGGCAGCCCUGAGCUCCGGGAUGGAGCCCGAAGCCGUGCUGUGGGGCCCGGAUCUGCGGGGUCCUGACCGGAGCCCCAGCGAUGCUCACAGAGGUGCCGAGAGUGGGAACGAAGAGAGCCCUCAGCAGGACAGCUCUGGGGAGGAGAUCAUCUUGGGCGAUCCAGCUCAGAGUCCAGAAUUCAAGGACCCACCAGAGAUGCCCCCGGAGAGACCCUCCCAGGAUCCCUCAGCCCCCCAGGACACCCCCUCUCCCCUGGGUCACCCCCUGGACCACCAGACUCCUCUUGACCCCCCAACCCCUGAGGUAGUCCCCACCCCGUCUGACUGGACCAAGGCCUGUGAGGCCAGUUGGCAGUGGGGGACUCUGACCACAUGGAACAGCCCCCCGGUGGUCCCCGCCAAUGAGUCCAGCCUGCGGGAGCUGGUGCAAGGCCGCCCCUCCGGGGCCGAGAAGCCCUACAUCUGCAACGAGUGCGGCAAGAGCUUCAGCCAGUGGUCCAAGCUGCUGCGGCACCAGCGCAUCCACACGGGCGAGCGCCCCAACACCUGCUCCGAGUGCGGCAAGAGCUUCACGCAGAGCUCGCACCUGGUGCAGCACCAGCGCACGCACACGGGCGAGAAGCCCUACAAGUGCCCGGACUGCGGCAAGUGCUUCAGCUGGAGCUCCAACCUGGUGCAGCACCAGCGCACGCACACGGGCGAGAAGCCCUACAAGUGCACCGAGUGCGAGAAGGCCUUCACCCAGAGCACCAACCUCAUCAAGCACCAGCGCUCGCACACGGGCGAGAAGCCCUACAAGUGCGGCGAGUGCCGGCGCGCCUUCUACCGCAGCUCCGACCUCAUCCAGCACCAGGCCACGCACACCGGCGAGAAGCCCUACAAGUGCCCCGAGUGCGGCAAGCGCUUCGGCCAGAACCACAACCUCCUCAAGCACCAGAAGAUCCACGCGGGCGAGAAGCCGUACCGCUGCACGGAGUGCGGCAAGAGCUUCAUCCAGAGCUCGGAGCUGACGCAGCACCAGCGCACGCACACCGGCGAGAAGCCCUACGAGUGCCUCGAGUGCGGCAAGAGCUUCAUCCAGAGCUCGGAGCUGACGCAGCACCAGCGCACGCACACCGGCGAGAAGCCCUACGAGUGCCUCGAGUGCGGCAAGAGCUUCGGCCACAGCUCCACCCUCAUCAAGCACCAGCGGACCCACCUGCGCGAGGACCCCUUCAAGUGCCCGGUGUGCGGCAAGACCUUCACGCUGAGCGCCACGCUGCUGCGGCACCAGCGCACGCACACGGGCGAGCGGCCCUACAAGUGCCCCGAGUGCGGCAAGAGCUUCAGCGUCAGCUCCAACCUCAUCAACCACCAGCGCAUCCACCGCGGCGAGCGGCCCUACAUCUGCGCCGACUGCGGCAAGAGCUUCAUCAUGAGCUCCACGCUCAUCCGCCACCAGCGCAUCCACACGGGCGAGAAGCCCUACAAGUGCUCCGACUGCGGCAAGAGCUUCAUCCGCAGCUCCCACCUCAUCCAGCACCGUCGCACCCACACGGGCGAGAAGCCCUACAAGUGCCCCGAGUGCGGCAAGAGCUUCAGCCAGAGCUCCAACCUCAUCACGCACGUGCGCACCCACAUGGACGAGAACCUGUUCGUGUGCUCCGACUGCGGGAAGGCCUUCCUGGAGGCGCACGAGCUGGAGCAGCACCGGGUGAUCCACGAGAGAGGGAAGACGCCGGCCCGGAGAGCGCAGGGCGACACGCUGCUGGGGCUCGGGGACCCCGCCCUGCUCACCCCGCCCCCUGGAGCCAAACCACACAAGUGUCUUGUCUGCGGAAAGGGGUUCAACGACGAGGGCAUUUUCAUGCAGCACCAGAGGGUCCACAUCGGAGAAAACCCCUACAGAAAUUCCGACGGCCUCCCCGCACACCCAGCCCCCAAGCCUCCGCAGCUCCGGCCUCCCAGGCUCCCUUUUGGAGGCAAUUCCUAUCCAGGUGCUUCCGAGGGCAGAGCGGACGCCCUAGGACCGCCCCUUAAAGUGCCCGAGGGCCAGGAGGGCUUCGGCCAAAGGCUGGGCCUGCUCUCCUCCAAGUCCUACAUCUGUUCCCACUGUGGGGAAAGCUUUCUGGAUCGGGCCGUGCUCCUCCAGCACCAGCUCACCCACGGCCACGAGAAGCCCCUUCUCUUUCCUGAUUAUAGGACUGGCUUAGCAGAAGGGGCAGGGCCCAGUCCCUUCCUAAGUGGAAAGCCCUUUAAAUGCCCUGAGUGCAAAAAAAGCUUUGGGCUCAGCUCUGAGCUGCUGCUGCACCAGAAAGUCCAUGCAGCUGGGAAAACGCAGAAGAGUCCAGAGCGGGGCAAGAGCUCCUCUGUCCUCCUGGAGCACCUCCGGAGCCCCCUGGGGGCCAGACCCUACAGCUGCUCCGAUUGUGGGGCCUCCUUCCUGGAUCGCCUGGCCCUCGUCCGGCACCAGGAGACACACACCCAAGAGAAGUCCCCCAGACCGGAAGACCCCCUUCCAGAGCCAGUCACCCCACCCCCAAGCCAGGAAGGUGAAAGGGAGGCCCCCGCACCCGCAGGGAGCAGCAGCCAUGGGGAAGGGGAAACCCCCAAAACUCUCUUGGAGGAAAAGCCCUAUCUGUGCCCUGAGUGUGGAGACGGCUUCACGGAGGUCGCGGCCCUCCUCCUCCAUAGGAGCUGCCACCCAGGGGUUGCCCUGUGAAAUGUGUCUGGAGGCCGGGGCCUCUCUCUCCUGAGAGGAACACUGGAUCUCCCCAAAUAUUGUACGAGAAAAGAAAGAAAGCCCUAUCAGAUUGUAGACGUGUGGAGGACAAAGGACCCCGGGUAAAAAUAGUGCUUUUAUAUCAGUGGUAAGAAACCCUAUAAAUUGUUGGUGGGAACCACUUAUAAUGCAGUAGAGAAAAACCGUUGGGUUAGAAACCCUAUAAAUAUGUAGGAAAAAAGCCCUUUAAGUCUGUAGCAGAAGAUCCCUAUACACGAUAGUGGAUAAAAGCCCUAUUAAUUGUAGGAUGAGGUCCCGUAUGUCUCUAGACAACUCUAGAAAACUGUACUGAAAUCCUUGUAAAACUGUAGGGUCGGGGAAAUGCAGGGACUAUAGCAAUGGCAUUGACUUGGGAGCAGGGACCCUCAGAAGGUGUAAAAGAACCUCCCGUGAACUUGUUCAACAGUGUUCUUUCUCCCUGCUCGUGGGAGGGAGCUCAUUCCCAGGAGCCUUGGACAGUUCCCUGAGUAAAUGUGGGAAUUGGAAAAGGAAGGAAACAAAGACAGGACAAAAAUAAGUGAUGAAGAGCCCUCAGAUCCACAGAGGAGAAAUGACCCAGGAACUAGGAAGAGAAAGUCCAGCUCAUUGCACUGGGGGUUCCUCGGGUACAAGGCCAAUCCUAGACAAAUUGUGUCCUAAGAGGAACAGGCCCAUGGAAUUCCUUAGCAGAAAGAAGCCAAAAAUGGGGAAGGAAAAAAAUGUGAUGUUGAGCCCUUUAAAGGCUGAAGUUUGGGGUGCAUAUAACUUUAUGUAAGAAUACUGGGGAACCACCACAAAAUUUUAGGGGGAAGCGUCAGGGGUUCAGUUAGAGUGCUUUGAGGGAAGGAGACCAGAUGAGAAACUGUUCAGAUGGAACCCGGCUAACUCCCAGCUGUCCGCCCGUUCCUGGGAGCUUGUUAAGCUGCAAGUGCAGGCAGACCCCAGCCAGGCCGCCAGGGUCCUCCCCAGCCAGCAGGACACCCCUUUCCUGGGGACUUCUGUUCGGAGAGGCCUCCAGGAAUGGAGGAUCCCUCCUGCUUACAUCUCAGGUCUCACCGACGGGAGGCUCCUCCUAAACUCUAACUGCCACCCGUGUCCCUGCAGUGGCAGCCCCUCUCCUUGAACUCUGUCCUCGGUGAAGAGGGAGGACUGCUGCUAGUUGACCUCCAAAGAAUAAAGCCCUUCCCUUGGGAGACGCAAGGCCUGUGUGCGGUAAAUCCUCUCGCGCGUGCUCUUCUGCAAGUCAGCGGGAGCUCUGGUAGGGUCUCUGGCAACGAGAGACAGCAAGUUAAGAGAAUAGAGAGAUUUGAUUGGUCAGCGAUCUGCUCUUAAACCUCACUCUCUCCUCUGAGCUGACAGCAAGGCUGCUGGCAGGAUAAGCCAGCCUGUACAGUGAUGGUGUCCAAACACCCCACAGAAGAGUAUAUGGAGGCCCGACCACCUUCCUCGCCCCAUGCCUGGAGCCCUCUAAAGUGACAGCCCAGCCGGAUUGUGGUCCUGGGAAGGGAUGGAUUCCACCUACUUGACUCCUCCUCUCAGUCAGAAACCUUCAGAGGGAAACGGAAAGAUGAGAGCCACACCCCUGCCAGACCCAUCUCCUGUUCUCACACACCACACAGUUACCGCUUUCAUGAACCCAGCCAGACCUGCGAACAUGACGGGAUGUAUGCGGCAGGGGAGAGACUGUUGCCCUCUGAAAUGGUUGGAGAAAACUCUUGAAACAUCUGUAACGAGAACCCAUCCCCUAACCUUGGAGACACCAUCCAGUGCGGGUCCAAAGGAAGUGCCCACUGACCCCAGUAACGCACUGUGGUCCCCGAGUAAGACCCCACGUGCCAGGAGCGUUUCAUUACCUGAAGUUCAAAAGGUGACAGUCCCCCUCUCAUCUCCCCUGCCCCCAAAGGACAACCCUCAAAUUCAAAGGAUAAAAUCUAGGACACUAGGAGGAAAAGGCUAGGCCUGCGGGGAGGAGAAGGCAGGCAUGGCAUGAUUGUGGGAAGACCCUUCCUACAGUCUGCAUCAAAGUCCCACCGACCCAAGCGCCAGGUCGGAACGCACUACUGAGGGGAGGGGCCUGCCCGCGGGAGCUCUGCCAACAGAAGCCUCCGCAAAGGGCGCGCCCCCGUGAGACAGGACAGGACAGUCCUCCACCUCAAAGCAGAUCCUUUUCCCUCUAAGAUGGCAGCAGAAAGAAACUCCAGUGGGAGACAAACCCCCUUUAAAGGUAGAAGCAGAACCCCCCAAACCGUCUGAGAAAUCUGUCUCCAGGAGAGUCCUGGGGAGCAGCCUCCGGAGUCCGGGGGCCAGUCCAGGGGGAGGUGGUCAGUGUGGUCAAAGGCGGCUGCGGGCCAAUGAGGACUUGGGUGUAGCCUAUGUAGUGGGAUGCUCGCAUGUUGUAGGAAUGGGUUAGGGCCAGGAGUUGAGGCUCCGGUACUUCAAUGGAUGAUGUGGAUUCGAUGAGUUGGGGUCUGGGGUUUUGUAGCAGGAAAGGGGCAGAGUCAGAGACCUUUGGGGUAUGACCUGUUCUCUGUUGCCCACCUCCCCAAACUCCUUAAGCCAGGUGCUCCUCUCCCAGAAUAAGUUACAUGUUAGGAGGAACUAAGCAGGGGAUUGGCUGGGGAGGUGGCCAUGUCCAGAGUCCCUCUGACCAGCUCAGGCAGAGGCCCAGAUGGUCCUGGAAGGCCUCUUGUCCCACUCCAUGCAGGCCUGACUCUUCUGAAGUGCCCCACUGAGGAGCCCAGCAGAGGGAAGAAUAGAAACUGAUCUGAGCUUAGUGUGAAACUCGAAACUGCUAUGGAUAUGGAGGUCAGAAGGGAACUGGGCAUGAAUGCCGAAUGAUGGGGAAACUUGAAACCAUCACCAAGGGGUUCCAUGGCACCUGCCCCUGAGGUGAGCAGCCCCAAACUCCUUUGCCCUCAUUAGGGAAGCCCCUCACCUUACUUGUGCCCCUGGAGUGAAGAGAGGCCCCACUUUUGAGUGUUGUGUGUCAAUAACAGUGUUGUGUCACUGGUGGUCAUGUUGAUUAGUAGAAGAGAAUAAAGGGAAUAAGAUUUCC